UCGUUGAUGUCCUUGAUCGUGGCGAGUGUCACUGGGCCGUCCUUGGAUGCUGCGUCGACGGUGUUGAGGAUCAGGUUGAUCCACACGAAUGUCUUGGACUGGUCCAGCAGGAUGGCGACUGCUUCGGUGCGGUCCGAGUCACUGAGAGUGUCAUACACUCAAAGUCGGUGGCGGAUGAACACUCGGAGGUCACGGAUGUUCUCCUCGCUCGAGGGUUCGAUCGUCUUGGUUGGUACCCCUCCAGACCAAGGUUCGCUGUCUUGGGAAAGUAUAUUAUGGCCCUCCGACCAAGUUGGUUCCUCAUUGGCAAGCAUCUUCCCCUGGGGCAGUCUGAGUGAAGUCUUGGAUUCGUUCGCGUCCGGAAAGCAGCCAAAGCUUGGAGAAUCGAUCGGGGGGGGGAGAGAGGAGAAAAGGGCCUGGAUCGCCUCUUUUGAGCCUCGGCCGGACAACCCGGCCAAGGGGAGGAGCUCCGCAGAACCGAAGGGAUCGCGUUCCUCCGCUUCAGCCACCAGGCGGACGAUGUUGGCAGUCUCGGUCGAGCACCGACCCAGGCCGACGCCGACCAAGAAUUGAUCUCCGCGACAUCCCAAGGAGCCCAAACUUGGCGACGGGAGCGUCGCCUUGCUGCUGGGGGGGGGGCAAGGCCGCAGCCUGGACAAGGAGAUUCCCGUCAACCGAGCGCAUGCUGUUCGCAUGAUGGACACGGCCACCCCAGCGCCGUCACCCAGAGCUGCGCA